AUGAAGGAGGCAUUCGUGGACAAGAAUACCACGCUGACGAUCCGAGACACCGAUGUCCCCGUCCCUGAAGCUGGCCAGGUCCUGAUCCGUGUUGUCGUUUCUGGCACCAAUCCGAAGGACUGGAAGCUUCCUCCCUUGUGGCCAGUAGACGGCACCCCCACUAAUCAAGGAGAUGACCUCGCCGGAUACAUCGAGGCCGUGGGAGAGGACGUGAUGGGAUUCCACAAGGGCGACAAGGUCGCCGCGUUCCAUCAAGUGAUGAAACCCCAUGGCAGCUACGCCGAGUAUGCGAUCGCGCCCGACCACACGACCUUCCAUAUUCCUGCCAAAACCAGCUUUGAAGAGGCGGCCACUAUUCCGCUAGCUGCUAUGACAGCGGCACUCGGCCUUUAUCAGCGCUUGAAGCUGCCUUUGCCCUGGAAUCCGGCCACCGACCCUCUACCUUUGGUUGUAUAUGGUGGCGCGACUGCAGUCGGAGCCUUUGUGAUCAAAUUCGCCCGGCUAUCUAAUAUCCAUCCGCUUAUCACGGUAGCUGGAAAAGGCAGCGCCUUCGUCGAAACUCUCAUCGAUCGCGAGAAAGGUGACACGAUCAUCGAUUAUCGUGAAGGGGAUGAGGUCGUUCGGGCAAAGAUCAAGGAGGCGGCUGGUGGGCGAUCGAUACACUACGCGUACGAUGCGGUAGGCGAACAUGGAAGUCAUCAGAAUGUCGACGCGGUUAUGACUGCGCCUGGGGAAAUCACUACCAUGUUCCUUAGCGGUGACUAUCAACCUCCCCAGGGAAUUGUCAUAGGCCAAACUAUAGCGGGAUCGGUUCACAUGUCGCCCGCAGCAGGCAAGACGCUCGAGGAUAUCGAGUUUGGUGCUGCUUUCUUCCAAUUUAUUGGUCGUGGCCUGUCGCAAGGCUGGUUCUCGGGACACCCCUAUGAAGUGCGUCCCGGCGGGCUGGCUGGACUUCAAGGGGCGUUGCAAGAUCUGAAAGCGGGCAAGGCAUCUGCUAUCAAGUAUGUGGUGCGUAUUGGCGAGACGGAAGGGGUCAUGUAG